AUGUCCACGAUUCGCUUUUCUAUUCAUGACCAGUCUACACUCGACAAUCGCAAUUCUGAGACGAGACUGAAACGAAAAGCAUUUUUUGUGUGUGAUAAGAAUAACACAUUGACAUAUGGGCGUUCGAUCUGGGCAAUUCGCCAACAUUGGCUUUUUAGAUAUCUACAAAUGUAUUGUCAAAAUGACAAUCCUGACAUUAACUUGACAUCAUUUUCACUUUCAUUCACUGAUCUUUUCUCUUUUUCUGGCGCUAAGAUUAAUCAACAGCAGCAGAAUCAUUGUGUGAAUGAAGAUCAUUAA